AUUUUAUUGUGCUUAAACUUUUGCACUUUACGGCUAGAUGGCGGUGUCUACCUCACAAGAAAGCACCAUAUUACUUAUUGCAAACGUAAUUUACCGGCAUUUUGAGGUUUACGAGUGUUCUGAGAGGAGACAAAAAACGGCCGAGUCAAACGUGAAUGAAAAAUGGAACCGAAUUUCGUGUAAGUAUUAUAACUUAUUAAAAACUAUAUUAGUCAAGGAAUACAUUUUUGGAAUGGAGUAUGCAAUGAAUGUUCGAAGAAAGUGUAAGGUUAGAAUUUGGAAAACAAUUUUGGUUUUUGGGAAAAUUUACCUAAAAGAUGAGUGUUACAUAUAAGUAACGCUAGGACUUCCAAUAACUGUGUUUUGGAAUUCGCCAUCAGGUUCGAUUAUAGUGAAUAAUUGAACGAAAUAUUCUUGAAUGAGGUAUUUCAAGAUGUGUGUUACAAUAGUUUUCCACAAUAUCAUUUCAAAAUUAGUAAAGUUUGAUUAUUUUACAUAACUUACCACUUAUAUCGUCUUUUUUCAGGAGAGGGUUUUCGCUACAAGAAGCUCUCGAAAUGGCAUAUAAUGAUGACUUAGAUGUGGAUGCAAUAUAUACCGAGCCUCCAGAUGUUAACGUCCUAACUGACGAGGAGUCUGGAGAUGAAGAUGCUGAGGGGGAUUUGAACCAUUUGCCUUCUAGACAAUUGCUAGCUGGUGCUGAAAUUUUACUAAGAAAUAAUUCUAGAAUUGACCAGUUGGAUGAACCCUGUGCAACCUCAAGUACCGAUAGAACGUUUCAAGACAAUGUACAUUGUAACACUAAGCCUCUAACUAAGGACAAAAUCCAACACAAAUGGAUCCAGGAUUGUCCUGGCCUACACUGACAUGGACGAGGCGCGGACCUUUGUUCCUUCCGUGUGAACUGAGAUCCAAAAAGGACCAGCUCAAAUUUGCACGUGUUUUCCAUAAGGAGUGGCUUAGAACUCUUGCAGCUAUAUUACUUAAAUACAAAAAUUUGAGAAUUUUGUGAGAUGAAUUAUCACAAUAAAUUUCUUGUAUAACAAAUUUGUUAAAUUGCUGAUGAUGUAUGUAGAUAUCUGAAAGAUUCAAUCUGAGAU